AUGUACAAGCUACCUGCGAUAGAAACGGUACCGUCGCUGCCUGAAGCCGACCAGGAGCUGCUGCUGGAUCAUCUGUUUGAGCCGUGUGCCACUCUCAAGCAGCUUGUGAUCCGGGGCGCAAUCCGCCAACAGUGCCACGACUACAACGAGCUGAUUGAGCGGGUGCGGGCGGAGCUGCUGGAGCUGCUCAAGUCGGGCGACGACACGGAUCCGCGGAUCAACAGAAUCAUCGGCGCUCACCCGCGUCUGGGCGCACAGAAGGUGGACUCGUCGCACUCUCAGGCGGAGCAGAAAUCGCUGCAGGCCAGGUCGGCACAGGAGGGCCUGCGGCUCGAGAGACUCAACAAGCAGUACGAAGAAACGUUUCCAGGCCUCAUCUACGUUGUUUUUGUCAACGGACGAUCGCGGGAGGUCAUCAUGGAAAACAUGGUGGAGCGGAUCAACAGAGGAGACGUGAAAAAGGAGAGGCAGGAGGCGUUUAACGCCAUGUGUGAUAUUGCAAAGGAUCGCGCGAGCAAGUUGGAGUGA